UUGUGUUUCCAGAUUUUUAUCAACAAUGAGUGGCAAAAUUCUGAGAGCGGUAAAGUCUUUCCUGUGUACAACCCGGCCACCGGAGAGCAGAUCUGUGAAGUACAGGAGGCAGACAAGCUGGACACUGAUAAAGCCGUGCGAGCCGCGCGCCUGGCCUUCUCGCUGGGCUCCGUGUGGAGGCGGAUGGAUGCCUCGGAAAGGGGCCGCUUUUUGGACCGACUGGCGGACCUGGUGGAGAGAGACCGGACCCUGCUGGCGACCAUGGAGUCGCUGAAUACUGGGAAGCCCUUCCUCCAGGCUUUCUACGUGGACCUCCAAGGCGUCAUCAAGACCCUGCGGUACUAUGCUGGUUGGGCAGACAAGAUCCACGGGACCACCAUCCCUGUGGAUGGGGACUAUUUCACCUUCACCAGACACGAGCCAGUCGGGGUGUGUGGACAGAUCAUCCCGUGGAACUUCCCGCUCCUGAUGUUCGCCUGGAAGAUCGCCCCGGCUCUCUGCUGCGGCAACACCGUGGUCAUCAAGCCGGCGGAACAGACGCCGCUCACGGCGCUCUACAUGGGCGCCCUCAUCAAGGAGGCUGGGUUCCCACCGGGCGUGGUCAACAUUUUGCCGGGGUUUGGGCCGACUGCAGGCGCUGCGAUUGCUUCUCACUCGGGCAUAGACAAGAUUGCGUUCACCGGAUCCACAGAGGUUGGGAAGCUGAUCCAAGAAGCAGCAGGAAGGAGCAACUUGAAGAGGGUGACUCUGGAGCUGGGGGGGAAGAGCCCCAACAUCAUCUUUGCCGACGCAGACCUGGACUACGCCGUGGAGCAGGCCCACCAGGGGGUGUUCUUCAACCAGGGGCAGUGCUGCACCGCCGGCUCACGGAUCUACGUGGAAGAGUCCAUCUACGAGGAGUUUGUCCGGAGGAGCGUCGAGCGGGCCAAGAGGAGAGCCGUCGGGAGCCCUUUUGACCCAGCCACGGAGCAAGGGCCGCAGAUCGAUAAGAAGCAAUACAACAAGAUCCUGGAGUUGAUCCAGAGCGGCAUCGCCGAAGGGGCCCAGCUGGAGUGUGGCGGCAAAGGGUUGGGCCACAAAGGGUUCUUCAUCGAGCCCACCGCAACGUGACCACCUACGCGCAUUGCUAAAGAAGAGAUCUUUGGGCCUGUCCAAGAAAUUCUGCGGUUCAAGACCAUGGAUGAAGUGAUCGAGAGGGCAAACAAUUCUGACUUUGGACUGGUAGUCAGCUAGUCUCACCAAUCCACUCUCAACAAGGCCCUGACUGUCUCCGCAGCAAUGCAAGCUGGGACUGUCUGGAUCAAUUGCUACAAUGCCUUAAAUGCCCAGAGUCCUUUCGGCGGGUUCAAGAUGUCUGGCAACGGGAGAGAAAUGGGCGAGUGCGGACUGCUGGAAUAUUCCGAAGUGAAGACGGUGACGAUAAAGAUCCCUCAAAAGAACUCGUAAGAAGGAAGGCGAGGAGUCCCGGGCAGCCACGUGACCCUCGGGACUCCUUCAUUCAUGCGGACGUGCGCUCAGGAAUUGUAAAGAGAAUUUUUUAGACCCUACCAUCGCAACCUGGCUCAGAAUUCACCUGUGCACCCAGAAACCCACGUGUUCAUGCAGGCCGGUGGGGAGCUGCUUCAUCCCUGACCCGGCCCAGGGGGCUCUCCUCUGCAGGGCCGGCCGAUCCAGCACCCCCCUCGCCUCAGGAGAAAGGCAACUCUGGAAGGACCAGCGCUUCCAACCCACGGGAGGGCUGCCUUUUGCUCCGCUGGAUUGGUGGGCUGUUGACAAGAGAAAUCUCAGCCCACGGCCGGGGGGAGCAGGGAGAGAGCCAGACCCCAGUGACCAGACGGGCACUCACAGGACACAACACCUCUCCCAACCCUCUCUGCCCUCCUGUCUUCUAGAGCACGUUCCAAAUGCUCUCUGUUGAGUCAGAGUGGUUUGCAUUUCCAAAACUGUAGCUCUGCGCUUGCCCCUCUACUGCCUUCCUUUCCCCCAGAGCCCGAGGCAAACAGCAGCCGCCUCUUUUGGAGUUUGUGCUUCUUCGCAGGUGUUCUCACCGUCCAGCUGCCAGGAUAUGGCCACAACUUCAGCCACAACGUGGAGUGUGUGGAUCCACUUGGUGGUGGUGGUGGUGGUGGGGUUGGGAGAUGCUGCAUAAGGCCACUGUCAAAACCGUGCAAGGGAUGUUGCAGGGCACUUUGGAAAUGGACCCCGCGGCUGAAGUUUUCCUUGAGAAUCCAUGCUCUGUGCAAACGUCGUCAUUUUAAAAACGAAAAUGUCCCGGAUAACUUGGCAGCUUUGUCUCCGGCUGACUCGACAUGCCCAGUGGUGGGAUCCAAACAUUUUAGUAACAGGUUCCCAUGGUGGUGGGAUUCAAACUGUGGCGUAGCGCCAAUGGGCAGGGCAAGGGGGCAUG